AUGAGUUGGAAAAUUCUCGUCUUCUACAUUUUUGCGGUAACCUCUGUUGCAUCCGACAAUUUGCUCAUGAGCAACGUGAUCAUAAAUGGUUACGUUUUCCCAACGAACGUAACGGUGGCAGUGGACGAGAGUGUCCACCUGAAGAUACUGCUCUCGAUGAAUGACGACGAUCGUUGCUUGUACCGCGAACCCGGUUCCACAGAAGACGUCGACGUUCAUGCCACUUUCAGGCACACCUAUCAAAACAGCAGACAGCUAAAUGUCGAUCCCAACGAGUGUGGUAUAAAAAUAUCGAAAAUCACCCGCGCGGAUGCCGGAUUCUGGCGACUAACGUUGGUGCGCGGUACCACCCUCGUACGGGGUGUAUCGAUGAUCAGCGUUAUCGAUGCGCCGGUCGUACCGGAUCCGGGUUUCAGGGAUUCGAUCGAUGGGUUGGAAGAGAUUACCCCGGAAGGAACUGACUACUGCUACAUGCUGAGAAAUACCGAAACGCAAACCCGAGACGUUCCGUCGUACGAAACCUGUUCGUUGGAUGCAAACGAAAUGGACCCGACCGGUAGCGGUCGAUGGAACGUGAUCGUUGGGGUUCAAGGGUACAUGCGGGAGAUGCAUUUCGGUGUCGAUAUACAGCACAAAGAGGAGCAAAUAGUAACCUCGAUUCACCGGGCAGCCGAGUACGAAGUGUUGACGUGUAACCUUCGCUACGUAAGCAGCAAACAGAUGAUCAAAUUUUGCCGCUUUCUGCGGCUGGCCGACAGCUUGGGACUAAACAUGCUGGAGGGAGUUGGCUGGGACCGCUAUCGCUACAGUGGGAAUGGAUUCGCCGCCGGAGACUGCGGACUGGAGAUCGAAGAACCAGCCGCCAUCGAUCGCGGACUGUGGAAGUGUAUAGUUGGAUUUGGGGAUGAAGCAACGAUAAAGGUUUCCGGUGCCAUCGUUGACAACAGAGAGAUUGAAGUGGGACUAGCUAUUAUAGCGGUGGAAGAUGUGAAUGUUUUGAAUGGGACGGACAUGAUUUUACAGUGCAAUGCCAAUAAGCCACUCGAUUAUUGUUGGUUUAAAGACCCCACUGGAAUGAUCUAUUCCGUAUCGGAAAGCUCAAUGACAAACGAAGAUGGUUACUACUGGUACAGUGGCAUUUCACUGGCAAUGGGCGAUUGCGGCAUUAAAUUGAAACCGAUAACAACUGAAAUGGCAGGACGGUGGAGUUGCCACGUUGGUAGUAGCAACUUUUCGGCGUUGGAAGUGUCGGAGUACAUAAACGUUAGAGUAAGUCUUUCGCAGAUGAUUGGAACGGAGGAUUACGUGCAUGCCACUUUGGAAACAGCGAUGCUCAUUGAAUGCUCCUCGAUUCCAAAACAUACUCCUCUACAGUACUGUAGAUUUGUACCGCCAAGUGGUGAAGCCUUUAGCCUCGAGGAAAGUGUUGCUUCCGAUAAUGCUAUUCUAGGUAAAUACUACUCCAACCCUAGCCAUGAUCCUAAGAAUGGAUUUUGUUCGUUGAUUGUGAAAACUGUCAGUAACUCGGAUGUGGGACAAUGGAUUUGUGCGGGGAAAAUAGCGGGACAUACCAUGGAACACUACACAACGAUAGAGGCAGUGGUCAGCCAAAACGAUGCAGCUGAGCUUACGGUGGCUUCAAUCGUUGGUAUGGCUUUAGGCAGCUUGGCAAUUCUGGUAAUAGUCGUUGGUAUAGGGUUCUAUAACUACCGUCGUAGACUUAGAAGACAAGUAGAAACGGUUAAUCGGGAGAUCGAAAUGCAAGAGCGACGACGGGAAGAGGCAGUACAGGAAAUUGCCAGUGCAGGAGGCAGUAGCAGGUCGAGCAGAUCCAGCCAGCACAGUCAAAGGAGUGAUAAUCAACUACGAACUGGGUGA